GAUUUACAAUCUUAAGCACAAUUGGCAACCUGGGACUCCCAAGUGGCACCUGAAGUGGGGUAGCCUUAUAGCACUGAGCCCUUUACCUUGUAGGAUCUGGCCCUAAUUCCAGACAGUGUCAGACUGAAUUAGAUUGUAGAACACCCAGGUCAGGUCCACAGAGAAUUGGAGAAUGUUUCAGUACAGAACAAACCCACACCUAUGGUGUCUAUAGUGCUGUUUGAGUGAAGAAAUAAGGUUUUUUGAAACCAAUAACUGUGUUUUAUUGCUUGCCUCCAAUUCCUCUCACAUCAGUAAUUAUUUCUUUCAUUUCCUUGAAUCUCUGAAAGAGAAAUGGCCUGAACACAAAACAUCCUUGACCCUUGAUAUUUAAGAAUAAGCUGACAACAUAUCCAGAAUGUUUUAUGAAAAUUGCAAGAAGCUCUGAGUUCCUGUCAUAUGACUGAUUGAGCCCCAUUGUCCUUCCUCCUUGUCCUUCAAUAAAGCAUCUGCUGAAGCCCUCCUGUCUGAGUUACUCCACAGGAAGACAGGAACUGGCCACAGGAACUGGUCGCAGCUCGUGGUGCGGGCAAGAUGGAAGCCAACUUCUCCAUCUCUCUGAAUAGAUCUGAUGAGAUGCUCCAUGAGUCUACUGGCUACACUAUUGUGCAGAUUGUCUCACUGGUGAUUCAAGGGAUCGCCUUUGUUCUCGGCAUCCUGGGCAAUGGGCUUGUGAUCUGGGUGGCUGGAUUCCGGAUGGCACGCACAGUCACCACCUUGUGUUACCUGAACUUGGCCUUAGCUGAUUUCUCUUUCCUGGCCACUCUACCAUUCCUCAUGGUGUCAAGUAUCAUGAAAGAACAAUGGCCUUUUGGCUGGUUCCUAUGCAAGUUAAUUUACAUUGUAGUGGACAUUAACUUGUUUGGAAGUGUCUUCCUCAUUGCUUUCAUUGCUCUGGAUCGCUGUAUUUGUGUCCUGCACCCAGUCUGGGCCCAGAACCACCGCACUGUAACUCUGGCUACAAAACUGAUCAUUGUACCCUGGAUUCUUGCACUAGUCUUUACCUUGCAAAAUUUCAUCUUCUUGACUACAGUAAGUGAUAACAGUGGGAAUGUGUACUGUACUUUCAACUUUGCGCCGUGGGCUGACACCCCUGAAAAGUUGCUGAAGGUGAUCAUCACCGUGCUGACAUCUAGAGGGGUCAUCCGGUUUGUCAUUGGCUUCACUAUGCCAAUGUCCAUCAUCGCUAUCUGCUACGGGCUCAUUGCUGUCAAGCUCUCUAAAAAAGGCAUGAUUAAUUCCAGCCGUCCCUUACGGGUUCUCACUGCUGUUGUGGUUUCCUUCUUUGUUUGUUGGUUCCCCUUUCAACUGGUUGCCCUUCUGCACACAGUUUGGCUCAGAGAGAUAUCACUCGGGAAUAAGUACAAAGUCCUUGCCAUCCUGCUUAACCUAGUGAGACCCCUGGCCUUCUUCAACAGCUGCCUCAACCCAAUGCUCUAUGUCUUCAUUGGCCAAGACUUCCGAAAGAUACUGAUCCACUCUCUGCCUGCCAGCCUGGAGAGGGCCAUGACCGAGGACUCAGCCCCAGCCAGUGAUACAACAACCAAAUCUGCUUCACCUCAUGCAGCAGCUGAGUUACAGGCAAUGUGAGGAGGCAGGAGGACAUUUUCAAGCUCUGCCUGUUCCUACCCUGAUCCCCGUUCCAGCUUCAUAUUACCUUGGGUCACAAUGAGCCACUCAUCAUGACAAUUACUUUGGUGCCCUCAGAAUGGUUGGAAGAA